AAGAAAUAUAUUUUGUAAAUCUCUCUCAUCCCUUUUCCAUGAAUAGUCAUCCUACCUCCCAUUUCAAGCUUCCUCUCUUCACCCCCAUCAAUUCUCCUUCUCUCUCUCUCCCUCUCUGCAAAUAACUAACAUCCCUUCAACCAAGGUGGUGUUGUUGAUUUUGCCUCGCAUUCCAAGAGUCUCGAGAUGAUGAACCGUUUUGUGUUUGCAAAUCAACAGCAGAACAACAACACCGCUGGAGAGACCAUGAACGACGUCGUUUGCCCCAAACCUCGUCGUUUGCGUCUCCUCAACGAAUCCAUCAUAUCCUCCUCCUCCUCAUCUGCUCACAUUCAUCAAACUGAAUCAAAUUCCAGGACGGAGCUUCUAGAUAUGAUUCUCACCAAGGAAUGUUACGAUGGUGAGAAAGUCGAUAAUCCUGUACCGUCGUCACCACCAUUCUUUUGUGGUUCUCCACCAAACAGGGCAUCCAACCCUUUGGUCCAAGAUGCCCUGUUUGGUAAGGAAGACCCGAACCCAUUUUCACAUGCUUUUGAAGCCUCACCGUCUUCAUCGGCUCGAGGAAGCUGUGCUCGAGGCCAAAAGCACCCUGCAGUUAGGGUCGUGGGGUUCAACUCCCGCGGCAUCUCAGCCGUUGCUUAAGGAGAGGCAAAUUUUGAUGAGGGGUCUAGAAUUUUUGUUUUGUUUUGUUAAUGUAGAGGGUAAAUUCUUGUUUAUGAAAUGUGCCUUUGGGGGUUCAAAUGUGUAUAUGUGUUUGGAGAGAGGAAUAACAAGCCAGAUGAGGGGCAAAAGGGUAAUUUCCUUGUUAGUGAUUUAGAAAAGAGACUUGUCAGAGGAGAGAGCGGGGUUUAACAAUGUUCCUUUAUUGUAAUUUUGUUAAGAAAGAAAGGAGAAAAUUGUCUUUUAAAUUGCAACU